AGGUGCCGUCUGGGUGAUCAGGAACCGGGAAAAAUGGCGGUCCCUCUGCGACGUUGAGGCCGCGUUGAGCGGUUCAGCUCCGGUGUGAUGGCAGGAGAGCUGACUGAUAAGAAGGACCGUGAUACAUCACCUUCGAAGGAAGAGAGGAAAAGGUCACGGUCCCCUGAUAGAGAGAGGGAGAGGGAUAGAGAUCGAAAGUCUUCCCCUUCCAAAGAUCGGAAGCGUCACAGGUCAAGGGACAGACGACGAGGAGGCAGCCAUUCUCGUUCACGUUCCAGGUCCAAGUCCACAGAAAGGGAAAGGCGACAUAAAGAUCGAGAUCGGGACAAGGAUAGGGAGCGAAACAAGAAGGACCGGGACAAGGAUGGACACAGACGAGAUAAGGACCGUAAACGAUCCAGCUUAUCCCCUGGCCGAGGAAAAGACUCUAAAUCCCGGAAGGACAGAGAUUCCAAGAAGGAUGAAGAAGAUGACCAGGGGGAAAAGAAGCCAAAAGCCCAGCCCUUAUCUCUGGAGGAACUUCUGGCCAAGAAGAAGGCUGAAGAGGAAGCUGAGGCCAAGCCCAAGUUCCUCUCUAAAGCAGAAAGAGAGGCUGAAGCCCUCAAACGGCGGCAGCAAGAAGUAGAAGAGAGGCAAAAGUUGAUCGAGGAGGAGAGAAAGAAAAGGAAACACUUCCAAGACCUGGGCAGGAAGAUGCUGGAAGACCCUCAAGAGCGGGAACGCCGAGAACGAAGGGAAAGAAUGGAGAGAGAAACGAACGGCAAUGAAGAUGAGGAAGGGAGGCAGAAGAUCCGUGAGGAGAAGGACAAGAGCAAGGAGCUGCAUGCCAUUAAGGAACGCUACCUGGGCGGUGUGAAGAAGAGGCGUCGUACGAGGCACCUCAAUGACAGGAAGUUUGUCUUUGAGUGGGAUGCCUCUGAGGACACAUCCAUAGACUACAACCCGUUGUACAAGGAAAGGCACCAGGUGCAGUUGUUAGGCCGAGGCUUUAUUGCUGGCAUUGACCUGAAGCAGCAGAAACGGGAACAGUCACGUUUCUACGGAGACCUGAUGGAGAAACGACGCACUCUGGAAGAGAAAGAGCAGGAAGAGGCACGACUUCGAAAACUUCGGAAGAAAGAAGCUAAGCAGCGCUGGGAUGACAGGCACUGGUCACAGAAAAAGCUGGAUGAGAUGACAGACAGAGAUUGGCGCAUCUUCCGGGAAGACUACAGCAUUACCACCAAGGGUGGUAAGAUCCCCAAUCCCAUCCGCUCCUGGAAAGACUCUUCACUACCCCCACACAUUUUGGAGGUCAUUGACAAGUGUGGCUAUAAGGAACCAACACCCAUCCAGCGACAGGCAAUUCCUAUUGGACUACAGAAUCGUGACAUCAUUGGUGUGGCUGAGACUGGCAGUGGCAAGACAGCAGCCUUCCUUAUCCCCCUGCUGGUCUGGAUCACCACCCUUCCCAAAAUUGACAGGAUUGAAGAGUCGGACCAGGGCCCCUAUGCAAUUAUCUUGGCUCCUACCCGUGAGUUGGCCCAGCAGAUUGAAGAGGAGACUAUCAAGUUUGGGAAACCCUUAGGUAUCCGUACCGUGGCUGUCAUUGGUGGCAUCUCCCGAGAGGACCAGGGAUUCAGACUACGAAUGGGCUGUGAGAUUGUCAUCGCCACCCCUGGAAGACUGAUUGAUGUGCUUGAGAACCGCUACCUGGUGCUGAGCCGCUGCACCUAUGUGGUCCUGGAUGAAGCCGACAGGAUGAUUGACAUGGGCUUUGAGCCAGAUGUGCAGAAGAUCCUUGAGCACAUGCCUGUCAGCAACCAGAAGCCAGAUACAGAUGAGGCCGAGGAUCCGGAGAAGAUGUUGGCAAACUUUGAGUCAGGCAAGCAUAAGUACCGCCAGACAGUCAUGUUUACAGCCACCAUGCCUCCAGCAGUGGAACGUUUGGCUCGUAGCUACCUGCGGCGUCCGGCUGUGGUGUACAUUGGCUCUGCAGGCAAGCCCCAUGAGCGUGUGGAGCAGAAAGUGUUCCUCAUGUCAGAGUCAGAGAAAAGGAAAAAACUCUUAGCAAUAUUGGAGCAAGGCUUCGACCCACCCAUCAUCAUCUUCGUCAACCAAAAGAAAGGCUGCGAUGUGCUGGCCAAGUCCCUAGAAAAAAUGGGGUACAAUGCUUGCACACUCCAUGGUGGAAAGGGGCAAGAGCAGCGUGAGUUUGCCCUCUCCAAUCUCAAAGCUGGUGCAAAGGACAUACUGGUGGCCACAGAUGUGGCUGGUCGUGGUAUCGAUAUUCAAGAUGUAUCUAUGGUCGUCAACUAUGACAUGGCCAAAAAUAUUGAAGAUUAUAUCCACCGUAUUGGACGUACAGGGAGAGCAGGCAAGAGUGGUGUUGCCAUCACCUUUCUCACCAAGGAGGACUCUGCUGUUUUCUAUGAGCUAAAGCAGGCCAUACUAGAAAGCCCUGUGUCAUCCUGUCCCCCAGAGCUGGCCAACCAUCCUGAUGCUCAGCACAAGCCAGGCACCAUCCUCACCAAGAAACGUCGGGAGGAGACCAUCUUUGCCUAACCCCACAGCCCUUUCCCUGGGUGUCAGAUGCUCUGUGGCUUCCUGCUGCUUUUUCUUUGGGCCUUUACAUCUGUUUUUUUCAGCUUCCUACUGAGUGAUGGGGGCUGAUGGAAGCAUUUAGACCAUCCUGCCUAAUCCCUUGGACAAGUUCCAAGCCCAGGAUUAGGACUGUAAGGGGAGGUAAGAGGUGGGGGUUAAAGCAGGAGUAAAGUAAACAGCUGCAAACUCUGGCCUCACCAUACCCAUCUGUGGUCUCUCCUAGGGUAGUAGAGACUUCCCUCUGGCUCUCAGUUGGGCGUUGGGUUGUCAUUUUCCCCCAGACUGAACAGGCCCCUGGGUGCCUGGAUGGAACCUUCUUUGGCACAGUCUUCUGAUUGCACUAGCCACAGCAGCGUUGCCUGGAGUGAUCUGGGGGUACUGAAACCACGAAGGCUCUUUGACAUUGGCAGCUUUCCUUCAUGGUCACUUUGAUCACCUUUUCCCAUUUGGCUUAUAAAGCAAGUCAAGAGCAUUUGACCUGUGUAUAGCUGCUGUGCCAGGGAGAAAAUGUUCUGCAUACUCAGCCACUCCUGGCCCAAGGGGAGUAUUUUUUUUUAAACAAAUAUUGUGGGGUCAGAGUAGGACUGGCUGUCUGAAUCUCAAUUACUAGCUGUGAACAGUUCUGUUUUCUAUUCUCUGAGAUGAAAAUUUGUAUGUUCUGGGAAUAAAUAUAUAAACAUUAUGUA